GGGAGCUCGGCACUGGGGCGCCCAUCUACCCCCCCGCAGCUGCUCUUAUUCUGAUCCGUGGUAGCGGCCGGACUCUGCGGGGCUGGCCAGGCAGGAUGCAACCACCGAGCUGCCGCGGGCAUGGGUCCGGCUCUGCAAAGGCACUUUGCCAUUGGAGUCUCCCUUUAGGAAUGAGAAUGUGACUGUGGCCCUGUGGACAUCAAGUUGAAACAUUCCUCCAAGCCGUCCCCAGUGUGGGACUUUGGGUUCCCACUCUGGGCUGCUCACAGUUGCAGCUCUAACCCGGGAUGGCUUUCCAGAGAACUGAAGGCAUGUCCAUUAUCCAAGCUUUGGCCAUGACGGUAGCAGAGAUCCCUGUGUUUCUCUACACCACCUUUGGACAGUCGGCAUUUUCUCAGCUUCGACUAUCUCCGGGCCUGCGGAAGGUGCUCUUUGCUACAGCACUAGGGACAGUGGCUUUGGCUUUGGCUGCCCAUCAACUGAAGCGACGGCGGCGACGGAAGAAACAGAUUGCCCCUGAGAAAGGAAGUGGGAAGCCCGGAAGUGUUCCUAUCCCCAUCUUCAUGGCCAGAAGGGUUCCGUCAGUGAAGAAGGGCUAUUCCAGCCGAAGGGUCCAGAGUCCCAGCAGCAAGAGCAAUGACACCCUGAGUGGCAUUUCCUCAAUUGAACCCAGCAAACACUCAGGAUCUUCUCACAGUCUGGCCUCGAUGGUGGCAGUGAACUCUUCUAGCCCAACAGCUGCAUCCUCUGGUCCCUGGGAUGCUAGAGCAACUGAAGAGUCAGGGGCUGCUGGUGAUGCAAAUGCAGAGAACCUCUACAUUCAAGGAAUGGAGCUGUUUGAGGAAGCAUUGCAGAAAUGGGAGCAGGCCUUGAGUAUUGGACAGAGGGGGGACAGUUCUAGCACCCCCACACCCUGGGACAAUCUCAAGAGUCCAGAAACCAUCUCUGAGGUACUCUCGGAGCCAGAGUCUCAGAAAAAGGAGUUUGCUGAAAAGCUAGAAUCCCUACUACACCGGGCAUACCACCUCCAGGAGGAGUUUGGUUCAACAUUCCCAUCAGAUAAUAUGCUCUUGGACCUAGAGAGGACACUCAUGCUACCUCUGACAGAAGGUUCACUGAGGCUUCGGGAAGAUGAUGAAGACACUCUUUCCUCUGAAGACUCUUUCUUCUCUGCAGCAGAGCUGUUUGACUGCCUGCAGGUAGGAGAUCUCCCUUUCCAGCUCUCCAGGCCAGCUGCAGCAUAUGAGGAGGCCUUGCAGCUGGUAAAAGAGGGAAAGGUUUCCUGUCGGACACUCAGGACAGAACUCCUGGGUUGCUACAGUGAUCAGGACUUCUUAGCUAAACUGCACUGUGUCCGGCAGGCCUUCCAGGGACUUCUGCAAGAUGAAAGUAACCAGCUGUUCUUUGGGGAGGUUGGGAAACAAAUGGUGAUGGGCCUGAUGACCAAAGCUGAAAAGAACCCAAAGGGCUUCUUGGAGAGCUAUGAGGAGAUGUUGAGUUAUGCCCUGAGACCAGAGACCUGGCCUACCACGCAGAUGGAACUGGAGGGGCGGGGGGUGGUAUGCAUGAGUUUCUUUGACAUUGUGCUGGAUUUCAUACUCAUGGAUGCCUUCGAGGACCUGGAGAACCCCCCCUCCUCGGUGCUGGCGGUCCUUCGUAAUCGCUGGCUCUCAGACAGCUUCAAAGAAACGGCUCUGGCUACUGCCUGCUGGUCGGUUUUGAAAGCCAAGAGAAGACUUCUGAUGGUGCCUGAUGGCUUCAUCUCCCAUUUCUACUCCGUAUCGGAGCAUGUCAGCCCCGUUCUUGCCUUUGGCUUCUUAGGGCCCAGGCCACAGCUGGCUGAAGUCUGCACUUUUUUCAAGCAUCAGAUUGUGUACUACCUGAAGGACAUGUUCGACCUGGACAAUGUGCGCUACACCACUGUGCAGUCGCUAGCCGAGGACAUCCUUCAGCUGUCCCGCCGACGCAGUGAGAUCCUGUUGGGUUACCUGGGAACAGAGCCUGUCCGGGAGAUGAACGGGAUGUUGCCUCAUGAAAAUGGACCCCUGGGCGGGGAGCUUCAUUAGCCCCCAUGCCGCCCUGAGGAGGGCUAAUUCCUCUCCUCUGGUGCUCACCUGUGGCCAGGGGGGCUUGCUCUCUCCUGAGUGACAUGAGUGGCAGUGGCCCAGCCCAGCCCCUGGCUUUACUUGGUCCUUCUGCUUGCCCUCUGGAGGGCAUCUGCCAAGUCUUGGACCCAGUCCAUUGCUUCCUCUUUUCCCUUGCAUUAGAAUUCUAGGCCCCACAUCUCAGCUCAGAAGGACCAAUUUGUGAGGCCCCUCUCCUCUUCCCUUUCUCUUUGUCCCUAUACAUCAUACACUGGCAAUUCCCUGACCACAGCCAGGAAGCUAACAUGUCUCUCCUUGGGGGACAAACAAGGCAGGCUGGCAGUAAAGGUUCGUACAGUUGUCUGUGCCUCACUGGCUGGGCUUAGACAUGCAGCUGGGAUGGUAUGCCAUGUGAGGUUGAGGCAGGGAGGUGAGGGUCAAGUGAGCUUCUUGGGAGGCUGAGAACAGUGGAAAUUCUGCCCCGUCCCCUGCAGGCCGGGAGUGCCAUUGGCCAAAUGUCAGAGGAUCCAGAACUCGGGCAUGUGCCGUUAGCUGUUUGGGUGUGAAAGUGAUAGAGGGAGGAAGACUGUGAAGUAGACUGGGGAGUGAGAUGGUGAAGGAGAAUCACAUGUAACAGGGUGGCAAGGGUGGUGGAGGUAGAGCUCUAACAUUUAGCAGACCCUUAGGUUGCUCCAGAGACAUCAUUUGAUAUGGAAUCCCUGGUGGCUCUGGGACAUAACAGAGAGAGACAGAGAUUACUUUAAGAAGGUGGGGUGGGGGGCGGGAUGAGUGAGUGUUGGGAGCUUACUACUGAGGUACCUGGGAAAUGUGGGCCAGGCCCAGACUGGGAUUGUUGCUGCUUCCCCCAGCACUAAUGUGCUUCAGUCCCAGGAGGAAGGAACAAACGUUUCUUGUUUGUAAUGAGGGAACCUCAGGUCUCUCAGGUCCCCAGGAAUCUGGUGCUGGCCGAGACAAGAAAUAAGCGGAGUGACAAUUAGCUGUGAUAAAAUGAGAAUAAGAGACAAUGUGGUAGAGUGGAGAGAGCCAGCCUCUGAGUCAGGAAGACUAGGGUUCCCAUCCUGCCUCUGACAGACAUCCUGCUGUCUGUGUAUGACCCUGGGUGAGGCACUCAACCUCUUGGGGCCUCAGGCAAUUUUCUAGGGCUUCAGGUUGUGGACAGGAGCUCCUCCAUUGGUAGAGGGGAGUGAAUGCUCCUGAAAAUGAAGGAUACUUCCUAGCUGUGUCUAUGUGGGGUGGGGUGUCUAGGGGAGGCAGAUGGGGGGCAUGUAGCCCAGUGAGCAUGAGCAAUCUUCAUAGAAAUGAAUGUCACAAAUCUGAUAGGCUGUUUCUUUCCCUGGCCUUUGGGUUCCUCUCCUAUCUUACCUACAGAGAAUAGCUUAAGAAGAGAUUGGGGGUUUUAAUAGAGUAGGAAAACCAGUGGCCAGGAAGGGGACAAAAACUACAUAAAGGAAACAGGAGAAGAGAGUGGAGUGAGGUAACAAGGAUCACAGAAAGCGAGAGCUGGAAAGAGACAGGAGAUCGUUGACUCUGGCUCUUUCAUUUUGCAGCCAAGGAAACUGAGGCCCGAGAAUUGAGGUGACUUGUUUCAUUUAGCCAGUGACAGAGCUAAGACUUCAAUUUAGAUUUUCUUAAAUCUCUGGUCUACUGACCAGAACUAAAAUGGUUAUUUAGAGUUUGCCAAAUAUGUAUCAAUACCCCACUCCAUCCCCUCCUUCCAGCAAGAAGAAAGCAGCUCUGAGGACAAUCUUUUUUCUACACUUUAUUAUAUCAUGUGGAUGUUCAAUGGAAGGUCUGUCCAUCUCCUAGUCUUCACCUGGAAAGAUCCCGUGAAUAUUUAUUGGGUGUGUUACUUAGAAUAUUCCUGAGCUGGACCAUGAUCUGUAGUUUUGUUCCCUCACAAGUUGCAGAAGCCUGCUUGUACUCAUUGUCUUGACCUUAGGGUUCCAACUCCUCCUAACCACCAAAGUCAGCCCACUGGCUUUGUCUGUGCCAAGGCCAUGUGGAAUGCCUGCCAGCAUGGGUAAUGGGGCCUGGUAUUUGGAUGAAAUUCAUUCAUAAUUAUUGGCCAGUGGGUAGAGUUUAACCAGUACAAAAAAUCAUCCACUUCUCCUUCACCUGCCAACCAAACUUCUCUGAAGAAUUCAGGUGUCAUUUCAAGAGCCUUGUUUCACCAUUAUUUCCCUCACUAAAGACUGUGAUAUUACUCCACCUCUGCCACCAAAGACUCCUGGAAGUCCCCCUGGAAACAGUGGACAAAAGCCCUUUGGUGUCUUGAAAUGCUGUAGAGGCCAGUGCCCACAAAGCAGAAGGGGCUGCACUUUCAGCUCUUGGAAACUCCCUUCCCAGUAUCUGACAAUUGAUUCCCUCCUGGGGAAGCCAUCACUACCAAACCCUAGGGCCUUUGUGUUCUAGCCCUUGCUCUCUGUAUGUGUUCCAUCCCAACAGCCCCUUCACUAGGAUUGGUCAGGCACUGGGGUUGGGGCUCGUGGAACAGGGCAGAUGUCUGGAAGAAAAGAUGACAGGUAAAUGACAAGUUUUUUUACCCUUGUUUUCUUGGGAAACUUUUAAAUAGAUGUAUUUCUCAGUACUUUUUAUUCAACCAGAGAGCAAAACAAAUACUCUUGUCAGUGUAGUCUGAGUUUAGAGAGCUGUAUUUGGUGUUCCAGCCAACACAGUUGGCCACUAUAGAUAAGUUACAUUAGUAUUUCUCUAAACUAUUCUCAUGUUCAAGAGUUUCUAUUUUAGCUCUGCAGACUCACUUCACUCACAGCGAUUACAGCAUUGGGCUUAAGUAGGACUUUAAAAAAAAAUGCCUUAAAGGAGGGCAGAAAAGUUGGAUUGUCCCUUAAAUUGAAACAGCUUAAAAAAGUUGGUUUUUGGAUGUUUGGGGUUUCUUAAAGUCUCAAGAACUGUCUUUUUGGGAGAAGGAUCCUGAGUCGAAUUUUAAGGAAAAUAGAAAGAUUGGAAUGAGAUUUUAUAAAAUGUAUACAUUUGCCUUCCUGAUAGGUUUUAUUGUUUGCCUGUCCCUUCUCUGAGCCACCCAUACUUCCCAGACCAUUCCAGCAAUUCUUCAUAGCUUUUUGAUCACAAAUUUGCCUCUGUGGACAUUAGCCUGAGGGCAGUGUGCUUCAUAAUUGGAGGUGGUCUUCCCUUAAUCUCCAUUCCUCAGACCAGCUCUUUGUUGUCACUCUCACAAAAUCUAUGAAUGUAAUCUUGUGCUUGAUUCCAUCUCCCUUUGUUUUCCCUUCUGAUCUCACAAAGGUAAAGUUACAUUUCUCUUGAUUUUGUUUACAUAUCCAUGAACUGCCUCUGAUUUGCAGCUUUUGCCUUUUGUAUGGUAGAUGGAGUGCAUUGACUGGAGUCAAAUAAAAAAAUUAAACAAAACAACAUUUCUUUCACUCUUUCCCUGGCACUGUCUGGGCCUGUGUGUGAUUCCCUUUUUGUAGGAGUUAAGGGGGGACCAUCUCCUCCGGCAUUAGAGUAGUUUCUGAAGGAAAACGAGUUACUAAGUCACUUAGAAAUUGUAUUCCUUGUUUCACUGGCAGGUGGCAAGAAGUCUCUGGGCUACUUUAGAUUAAUAGCUAGUCCAACCCCUUCCUUGUGCAAUCGGGGAAACUGAGGCCUAGUG